AAACAAGUCUGAUUUCUAGAUUGAUCUAUGAGAAUUUACGCACGGGAAUAUGUGCAAGUGGCUUGCGGUUCUCGAAGCCCUGCAUCCACCCAACCGAUAGUGGCGAAGAUCCCCGAUAAUUGACCGCGCUGGGACCAACGGAGUCAGAUUCUCUUGUUAUGGCAAUCAUAUCCACGCUUCCCGGUGCCUGUCCUUCCCAUAAGAUUGGUGCCUCAUCAUACUCAUCGGCUCAUUCCGCCUCUUUCGGAUCCAAACACGCAAUUCCCGCUGCAUUCCUUGGCUUCGCUCAUUGAUGUCGCGGGGUUUGUCAUACCGCAAAGCGCCACUUUAUGCGCUUCGGCCAACACGCCAUGCAUUCAUUGUCAUCAACUGGGCCAGGGCACAGUCCGUGUCCAAACACAUAUAAGCCGCUGUGACCACCCAUCUCACCUACGACCUAGGCUUGCUGUUAUCCAGGGUGAUCCCAGGGUGAUACCAUUAUGUUGGGGUCAUUGCUUUUUCUCUUGCCCCUUGCGGGCGCUUCUUCCAUUGGAUCCCGAACAAGCAGCCAGGAAUGUCCUGGGUAUAAGGCGUCCAAUGUCCAAACAGAUGCUACAUCCUUGACCGCAGACUUGACUCUAGCGGGUGCUCCUUGUAACAGCUAUGGCACGGAUUUGAAGGACCUCAAGUUGCUGGUGGAAUACCAGUCUGAUGAACGACUCCAUGUAAUUAUCUACGAUGCCGACGAACAAAUCUACCAAGUGCCUGAAUCUGUCCUUCCUCGUGUUUGCAGUGGCGAUAGCUCUCAGGAUGACAGCGUUUUUCAAUUCGACUUCGUGGAAGAGCCGUUUUCAUUCACAGUUUCAAAGGAUGACGAAGUGUUGUUUGACACUUCCGCAUCCACUCUUGUCUUCCAAUCUCAGUAUCUGAAACUGCGCACCUGGCUUCCUGACAAUCCCUAUGUGUAUGGCCUCGGAGAACACUCGGAUCCUCUGCGUCUGCCAACGAACAAUUACACUCGCACCCUCUGGAACCGUGAUGCUUAUGGCACCCCUAAUCACACCAAUCUGUACGGCAGUCAUCCUGUGUACUACGAUCACCGCGGGCAAGCUGGUACCUACGGUGUCUUCUUGUUGAACUCCAAUGGCAUGGACAUCAAGAUCAACAAGACCACAGACGGAGAACAGUACUUGGAGUACAAUGCUCUGGGGGGUGUCCUCGACUUUUAUUUCUUCUAUGGGGAGAAUCCCAAGCAAGCUAGCAUUGAAUAUUCUAAGAUUGUUGGGUCACCUGCAAUGCAAAGUUAUUGGACCCUUGGUUUUCACAACUGCCGUUAUGGCUACCGCGAUGUAUAUGAGCUCGCCGAAGUGGUCUAUAACUACAGCCAAGCAAACAUCCCGUUGGAGACGAUGUGGACCGACAUUGACUACAUGGACAAGAGAAGGGUGUUUACCCUUGAUCCUCAGAGGUUCCCGCUCCAGAAGAUGCGUGAGCUAGUUACCUACCUCCAUGACCACGAUCAGCAUUACAUUGUCAUGGUCGACCCAGCUGUGAGCGUUAGCAACAAUUCGGCAUAUAAAACGGGUGUAGAACAGGGCAUUUUCCUCCAUACUCAGAACGGAAGUUUAUACGAGGGUGCCGUUUGGCCUGGUGUGACUGUCUUCCCAGACUGGUUCCACUCUGAUACUCAGGACUACUGGGAUGGGCAGUUUGACCAAUUCUUCGACGCCGAUUUAGGAGUCGACAUUGACGGUCUGUGGAUCGACAUGAAUGAAGCGUCCAAUUUCUGUCCAUACCCCUGCAAGGAUCCAGCUGCAUUCGCGAUUUCAGAUAACCUUCCACCUGCCGCACCACCUGUCCGGCCAAGCAGCCCACGCCUACUGCCUGGGUUCCCUGCGGACUUCCAGCCUUCGUCAAAAAGAUCUCUCAAAAGAGCACAAGGCGAAAAGGGAAGCAAGGCCGGGCUACCUAACCGUAAUCUCACCGAUCCACCCUACACGAUUCAAAAUGCUGCAGGGGUUCUCAGUAUGAGCACCAUCCAGACCGAUGUCAUUCAUGCAGGUGAAGGGUAUGCCGAGUAUGAUACGCACAACAUCUACGGAACAAUGAUGAGUACUGCCUCCCGCUUAGCCAUGCAAUCUCGUCGUCCUGAUGUGAGGCCUCUGGUCAUUACUCGCAGUACAUAUGCAGGUGCUGGCGCACAUGUUGGGCACUGGUUGGGCGAUAAUCUGAGCGACUGGGUCCACUACCGGAUCUCCAUUGCGCAAAUAGUCGCAUUCGCAUCCAUGUUCCAGAUCCCCAUGGUCGGGGCUGAUGUGUGUGGGUUUGGUAGCAACACGACGGAGGAACUUUGUGCUCGGUGGGCGUCUUUGGGCGCCUUCUACACGUUCUAUCGCGAUCAUAACGAGCUGGGCAACAUACCGCAGGAGUUCUAUCGCUGGCCAACGGUUGCCGAGUCCGCUCGCAAGGCCAUUGACAUUCGAUACCGACUCCUCGAUUACAUUUACACUGCUCUUCACCGGCAAUCUCAGACCGGCGAACCGUUCUUGCAGCCUCUAUUUUACUUGUACCCCGAGGAUUCUAACACGUUUGCCAAUGAUCUCCAGUUCUUCUACGGCGAUGCUAUUCUCGUCAGCCCCGUUACCAACGCGAACUCAACCUCAGUUGAUGCCUACUUCCCGGACGAUAUCUUUUAUGACUGGUACACUGGGGCCGUGGUGCGUGGCCGCGGGGCAAGCAUCACGCUCAGCAACGUCAACCUCACCCACAUCCCCAUCCAUGUUCGUGGCGGAAACAUUGUGCCCGUCCGGUCGUCCAGUGCGAUGACCACAACUGAGCUUCGCGAAAACGGCUUCGAGCUCAUUAUCGCCCCAGGACUGGACGGAACUGCGUCGGGUAGUCUGUAUCUGGACGAUGGGGACUCGCUGGAGCCGUCCGCGGUGGCUGAAAUUGAGAUUGAGUACAGCCAUGGCGUGUUGAACAUCCAGGGUGAAUUUGGACAGGACACCCCUGCGGUGGUGGAGAAGUGUACCUUGCUGGGGGAGACUGGACGGGUUGAGAUUACCCAGAGCUUUGAACUCAGUGGAUCUAAGGAAGUCAAGUUGAAGUGAGAUGGGAAUAUGCUUAGGUAUUACUUAGGAGAGUUUACGAGAAAUUAAUUUGAGUUCUAG